GAACCUAUGAAGUGAGUGCAACUAUGGCUUAGCUAAGCCAUCUGGAUACCGUCCUGUUUGAACAAGCCAGCGUUGCUAGCUCCUAGUCCCCCACAACUUUCACUUGGCUUGGAGCGAGAGAGGGGCUGCUGGGUGGUCCUGAAGAAUUAGCAGCUGGGGACAGCACAGACACACACAGCAUCCUCGUAGGAGACCCCGGCGCUAGAGAUUAGUUAUGAGCCAUCUCCCUGCACCUAUAUCUGCCUAGCUUGGUACCCCAGACUGUGAUGCUCAGAAGGAACCCAUGGCUGUCCAUUUUCCCCACUUAAUUUUGUCCUCCACCUUGGGGAGCUGUGAGUGAAGCUGGGAGUCGGAAGAUCUGAGUUCUAUUCCUUGCUGAGCUGCUGUGUGACCUUGGGGACCCAGAAGGGGCCCAGCUGAGAACCGAGUGCCCGCCGUUGCCCUGCAGCCAUGGAGGGCGGCAUGCAGCUCCUCAACCGGGACGGCCACAGCAUCUCCCACAAUUCCAAGCGGCACUACCACGACGCCUUUGUGUGCAUGAAUCGCAUGCGGCAGCGGGGCCUGCUGUGUGACAUCGUGCUGCAUGUGGGCACCAAGGAGAUCAAGGCCCACAAGGUGGUGCUGGCCUCCUGCAGCCCCUACUUCCACGCCAUGUUCACAAAUGAGAUGAGCGAAAGCCGCCAAACCCAUGUGACACUGCACGACAUAGACCCGCAGGCUCUGGAUCAGCUGGUGCAAUAUGCCUACACUGCAGAGAUCGUGGUGGGUGAAGGGAACGUGCAGACGCUGCUUCCAGCCGCCAGCCUCCUCCAGCUCAACGGCGUGCGGGAUGCCUGCUGCAAGUUCCUGCUAAGCCAGCUGGACCCGUCCAACUGCCUGGGCAUCCGGGGCUUCGCCGACACGCACUCCUGCAGCGACCUGCUCAAGUCCGCCCACAAGUACGUCCUCCAGCACUUUGUGGAGGUGUCCAAGACGGAGGAGUUCAUGCUGCUGCCGCUCAAGCAGGUGCUAGACCUCAUCUCUAGUGACAGCCUCAACGUGCCAUCCGAGGAAGAGGUGUACCGGGCCGUGCUGAGCUGGGUCAAACACGACGUGGACAGCAGGAGGCAGCACGUCCCAAGGCUCAUGAAGUGCGUCCGGUUGCCCCUGCUGAGCCGGGAUUUCCUGAUGAGCCAUGUGGACACGGAGCUCCUGGUCCGGCACCACUCGGAGUGCAAGGACCUGCUGAUCGAGGCCCUCAAGUACCACCUCAUGCCAGAGCAAAGAGGGGUCCUCGGCAACAGCAGGACCCGGCCCCGGCGGUGCGAGGGGGCUAGUACCGUGCUCUUCGCCGUGGGUGGGGGUAGCCUAUUCGCCAUCCACGGAGACUGCGAAGCCUAUGACACGCGGACGGAUCGGUGGCACAUGGUGGCCUCCAUGUCGACCCGGAGGGCCAGGGUGGGCGUGGCUGCCAUCGGAAACAAGCUGUAUGCUGUGGGCGGUUACGACGGGACCUCCGACCUGGCCACAGUGGAGUCGUACGACCCGGUUACCAACUCCUGGCAGCCGGAGGUGUCCAUGGGCACCAGGCGCAGCUGUCUGGGCGUGGCGGCGCUUCACGGGCUCCUCUAUGCAGCAGGGGGAUAUGACGGGGCCUCAUGUCUGAACAGCGCCGAGAGGUACGACCCCCUGACGGGCACCUGGACCUCGAUCGCUGCCAUGAGCACCAGGAGGCGAUACGUCCGGGUGGCAACACUAGAUGGCAAUCUCUACGCCGUCGGGGGAUAUGACAGCUCAUCCCACUUAGCCACGGUGGAGAAGUACGAGCCGCAGAUCAACACAUGGACCCCAAUCGCCAACAUGCUGAGCCGCCGCAGCAGCGCCGGUGUGGCCGUGCUGGAAGGGAUGCUCUACGUGGCCGGCGGCAACGACGGCACCAGCUGUCUUAACUCCGUGGAGCGCUACAACCCGAAAACCAACACCUGGGAGAGCGUGGCCCCCAUGAACAUUCGGAGGAGCACCCACGACCUGGUGGCCAUGGACGGGUGGCUGUACGCAGUGGGCGGGAACGACGGCAGCUCCAGCCUCAACUCCAUUGAGAAGUACAACCCCCGCACCAACAAGUGGGUGGCGGCCUCGUGCAUGUUCACGCGGCGGAGCAGCGUGGGGGUGGCGGUGCUGGAACUGCUCAACUUCCCGCCCCCCUCCUCGCCCACCCUCUCCGUGUCCUCGACGAGCCUUUGACAAAGAAUCCAGUCGUACCUUACCUCCAGAGGGCAGCAGUGGAUGGAGGAGCGCAAGGCCACCCUGGCCUGACCCCUGUGGCAGCCAGUCGCUGUAGACCGGAAUGGGGGGGUCCCAGCUGCUGCCUCCAGCCCCGGCCCACAGCAAUUCCGUGGGCCCCUCGGGGGCUCUGCCUCUCUUGGGUGCACACUUCAGAUCAGCGUGCUGAGAGUUGGAAUGGCACUUUCCAUUUGAGAGUCCCCUCUGCCAGCGUGUACGGUGGGGGGAGCUCUUGGCUCCAUCCACAAACCUGCCCACGACUCAACUGACUUUUGGGGCUGGCCAGGCCCAGUCGAAACCAUUGCUGCUUUUAGGAUUUACCACGCGCCAACAUGUGCUGCACACUGGACAGCCACGCGAGGAAGGAUCCAGGCAGACAGGAGCGGCGGGGGUGGAUGACUGACGCAUAUGGUGCUUCUCCAGGAAACCGCUGAAUGUCCCACCGCUCCUCGGAAUGCUACCUUAGCCAAACUCUCUGUAUUUAGCCUCCAGCGCACUGUUAAUGCCUCUGAGACCAGUGCACGGGUGUCUGAUCGAUGCCUUAAAAACUGCAGCCGGGGGAUGCGGCGGGGAGAAGGCCCCAAAACUGUGUGGAGCAUCCCAAGCCCUCCGGCAUUUCUGUCUUCUGCUGACCCCGUCCCGCUCGCUGUCAAUCCGGAUUUGCCAUCGCUACGGAGGUUCCCCAGCCGCCCAGAUAGAUUUAAUGAGCUCACCGGCUCGGGGGCAGUCACCGUCCCACUGUUACAAAUGACUGUGCUGCUGCCCUCUGCACACGUGUCUGUGUCAUUGUGUUAACCUGGCGGCUGGGAACAAUUCAGCCUCCACAUUGCUUCCCUGAUCACAAAGAAGGAUCUAGGCUUGGGCCAGGCCCUUGAUUCCCUAUAACAGUGCGACCCGGCAGGUGGCACAGGCCGCAGGGUCGCACUGUGUUAUUUAUUUAAUGUGUCUGCCAUUUGUAUUUAUUAUGCUAAUCUUUUAAUUUUAAUUCUUAUUAACAUUAUUUUAAAUUAUUCUGGUGUUCCCUAUCCCACCUCGUUCUCUCCGCCGACUUGGGAAGGGAUGAGAGGAACGAGCCAGGGGCAUUUUUUUAAAUGAUCUUUUGGACAAUGACUAUGGUAAGUGUAAGUGUGUGAGAGAGGCCAUAUGUGCAGUGAAACCAGCACAGCAGGGACCAUUUGCAGCUAGCAACUCCCUGUCUUAAACUACCACUCUAACGGCUGAAUCAUCUUGUACUGUAAUGCACACGGUUGGCCGUCUAGACCCCCCUGUACCAUAGAACCUCCUGAGUGGUGGCUUAAAAUGUGUUUCACUCAUAUGCCGUGGUCUGUGUGUGGUUUGCAUGAAGACAGGUUAGCAGGUGUUCCCCAUGGUGUGUAGGAACGGCUAAACCACUGAUACCUCAGUAGCACUGGUAGAAUGUUCUGUGACUGUUGCUUUCUUUUCUUUUCUUUUCUUUCUCCCCCUGAUUCUCUCUCCUCCCCACUUCAUCAUCCUUUAGAUUCCACUUGUGAAAACACUCGCUGACUUAUAGCUCUGGAAGUGACUGGAGAUUUUUUGGUGCCCAGGUUGAGACACUUUAGAAAGGGCCAGUUUUUUCCCCAAGAU